UCCGCGCCCAGCUGGCGGGAGCCGAGGGACGCUGUCUGUCCGUCCGUACUCCCCGCACGGCCCCGACAUGUUCCAGCUCCUGCGAGGCUUCCUGCUGCCCGCGGCCGCCUGCGACGGCAACAGGGAUGGCGACUCCCGCUACGCCAACCUCUUCCGAAAGCUGGACCUCAACGAAGACGGCAGGGUGGACAUUGCCGAGCUGCAGACGGGCCUGCGGGCCAUGGGCAUCCCUCUGGGGAAGGAGGCGGAGGAGAAAAUUUUUAAAGCUGGGGAUACUAACCAGGAUGGACAGCUGGAUUUUGAAGAAUUUAUGCAGUAUCUUAAAGAACAUGAGAAAAAGAUGAAACUGGCAUUUAAGAGCCUGGACAAAAACAAUGAUGGAAAAAUUGAAGCCUCAGAAGUUGUCCAGUCUCUCAAGAUAUUGGGUAUAAACAUUUCAGAAAAACAGGCAGAAAAGAUCCUACAAAGUAUUGAUGCUGAUGGGACCAUGACAGUAGACUGGAACGAGUGGAGAGAUCAUUUUAUGUUUAAUCCUGCUACAGACAUUGAAGAAAUAAUUCGAUAUUGGAAACAUUCCACUGUGCUGGAUAUAGGAGAUAGCUUGACUGUUCCAGAUGAGUUCACUGAGGAAGAGAAGAAGACUGGGCAGUGGUGGAAGCAGCUGUUGGCAGGAGGAGUGGCUGGUGCUGUCUCUCGAACAGGUACAGCACCCUUAGAUCGCCUCAAAGUCAUGAUGCAGGUUCAUGGUUCAAAGUCAAACAAAAUGAAUAUAGCCAGCGGUUUUAAGCAAAUGUUGAAAGAAGGUGGUGUCCGAUCCCUUUGGAGGGGGAAUGGUGUAAAUGUUGUGAAAAUAGCUCCUGAGACAGCUAUUAAGUUCUGGGCUUAUGAACAGUAUAAGAAGAUACUCACUAGGGAUGAUGGAAAGUUAGGCACUGUUGAAAGAUUUGUAUCUGGUUCUUUGGCUGGAGCAACAGCACAAACUUCUAUUUAUCCCAUGGAGGUUUUAAAGACCAGAUUGGCUGUGGGUAAAACAGGGCAAUAUUCUGGGAUGUUUGACUGUGCUAAGAAGAUUUUAAAAAGAGAAGGCCCAAAGGCCUUCUACAAAGGCUAUAUUCCUAAUAUUCUGGGCAUAAUUCCUUAUGCUGGCAUUGACCUUGCUGUUUAUGAGCUCUUAAAGAGUACGUGGCUAGAACACUACGCGUCGAGCUCUGCGAACCCAGGUGUGUUUGUGCUCUUGGGGUGUGGCACCAUUUCCAGCACAUGUGGGCAGCUGGCCAGUUACCCUCUGGCUCUCAUCAGAACACGCAUGCAGGCUCAAGCCUCAGUGGAAGGAGCUCCACAGUUAAACAUGGUUGGUCUCUUUCAAAGAAUUGUUGCUACAGAGGGACUCCGAGGACUUUAUAGGGGCAUAGCCCCUAAUUUUAUGAAAGUGCUUCCAGCUGUCAGCAUCAGCUAUGUUGUAUAUGAAAAAAUGAAACAGAAUUUGGGAAUAGCAUGAAAUGAAGGAAAAAGGUGAGAUGCUUCUAAUGCUGUUGGAGACACCAGAACAAUAAUGUUUUCUCGAGUAAUCUGCUCUCACAAUUAGAGACAGAUCUUUAUAGAGAGAUGCUGCAACUUCCACAUAUGCCCUUAAGUGGGAAGAAACUUUCUUAAAUUUUAGUUCACCAUUUUUAAACAGAUACCUAUAUUGCACUUUAAAAAUGUCACUGAGAUGAAAAAAAAAAAUCAAGAAACUGUCUUUAAAUCAGCAGUAUGUUUUUAUUUUUAGGAAAUCAUGCAUGUUUUUACUCAUUGGGGUUUUUAAAAUUUGUCCUUUCUAAAUGUAUAUUUGUCUUGGAUCAAACCAAAGGUAGAAGAGGUUUAUACUGCCUUGAUACUGAAUAUAUGAAAGUGACUUUUUGUUUUGUCACGCUGCCUAUACUCAAGCAAUUCACAGGCGACAUUUUGCAUGCCUAGAAGUGAGCACUUUUGUUAUUUUUGAAGACUGAAUGUUAAGUUCAUAAGAAAGAGGAUCUUGGACACACAAUGAUAGAAUAACAUUAAAAUGUAGCCCGUCACCUUUGUCUUCAGGCAAACCUUUUUUAUUUUUCAUUAUUUAAAGAGCCUGACAAACUGCUGUUCUGCAGUAUUGGAAUACCUCAAAUGGAUUUACACGGUAUUUUUGGAAUACAAUCAGCAAUUUUGAUAACUUGCUUCACUGAACCUGCUUUUCAUUGCACUUGUAAGUGUCAGCACCAUUAACCAUGGCAAAAUUUGGGUUACAGCUGCAUGUUUUAUAGGAUCAUAAUAACAAAGGAACAGAAAAAGCUUGGAUAUUAGAUCCAUUCCAUACAAGUGCAAGUUGCUGUUUAAAAAGAGGAUGGAGGAUCCAGUAUGAAGCUGGUAGUUAUUGCAGUACAGCAAAUGGCAGAGCUGUUCAUAGCUGCCUUGGGAACAGGAAUUCUUCUCAUUUUGGACUCUCCAUUCUUUCCCUUAUUCAGAGGGCUACAUCCACUAUGUGCUUUUAGCCAGUAGAGAAUUGCAUUAUGUAAUAAAGGUUUUUUACAGUUUUGUCAUGUGAGAUCAGUCUUCCGCGCACAGUGGCUGGGGGUGUGAAAUUGGGGUAAUAAAAUACUGAAGUAUUUUGUCCAGGUGACCAAGUGGCAGUGCUGACCUCAGGUGCCCAUCAGAUUGAUGUUAAUGUAGCAUGCAAAGCAUGCACACUGUUAGUGCUUGAGAAACAGCUCCUCCUC